CCUCCCUCGAGAAGUCCGGCCCUCUCCGACCGCCCAGCCAAAGUCGAGUCUGGCGCUCAGUUGAGGAUUCACCGCGGCCUCCCAGGGAAGGAGUUUCUGCGAGCUUCUGUACAUCAGGAUGGUGCAGGCCAAGAGCUGGACCCUGAAGAAGCACUUUGAAGGCUUCCCUACUGACAGUAACUUCGAGUUGAGGACUACUGAACUCCCGCCCUUAAAAGAUGGAGAGGUCCUGCUGGAAGCCCUUUUCCUCUCCGUGGAUCCUUACAUGAGAGUUGCAUCAAAAAGACUGAAAGAGGGUGAUAGGAUGAUGGGUGAGCAAGUGGCCAGGGUUGUGGAAAGUAAAAACCCAGCCUUCCCCACAGGAACCAUAGUAGUGGCGUUACUAGGCUGGACAUCACAUUCCAUUUCUGACGGGAAAGGACUGAGAAAACUGCCUGCAGGGUGGCCAGACAAGUUACCACUGUCUUUGGCUUUGGGAACAGUUGGCAUGCCAGGCCUCACUGCCUACUUUGGCCUGCUUGACAUCUGUGGCGUGAAGGGUGGAGAAACAGUGAUGGUCAACGCAGCAGCAGGAGCAGUGGGCUCUGUUGUGGGGCAGAUAGCCAAGCUCAAGGGCUGCAAAGUUGUUGGUGCAGCAGGGUCCGAUGAAAAGGUUGCCUAUCUUAAGAAGCUCGGAUUCGAUGCUGCCUUUAACUACAAGACAGUAAAGUCUUUGGCAGAAGCUUUGAAAACGGCCUCUCCUGAUGGCUAUGAUUGCUAUUUUGACAAUGUAGGUGGAGAGUUUUCAAACACCGUUAUAGCGCAGAUGAAGACCUUUGGGAGAAUUGCCAUCUGCGGAGCGAUCUCUCAGUACAACCGCACUGGUGCAUGUCCCCCAGAGCCCUAUAGUCCUUGCUUCUGGGCUGUGAGGGAUCUUGGGCAAGCCUCUGCUACAAGAUGAAUGGCUGACACAAAAUCAAGCUCGGUGCUUCGACUCCUCACAUAAGGUCCUUCUCUGGUAUCAGAAUGACAGAUUGAUUUGAGGCCCCCAAGGAGAAAGAAGAAGAAAAAGGGAUCUUUGUGCCUCUAAUCAGGGUAGGGGUAACCACAGGCCAAAUGGUUACUUCUUCAGUUCUGGGCUUGGCUAGUGUGGAUAAAAUCCCAUAGCACUGAUUAACAGCAGAACUGCCUGGAAACAGUGGAGCUUAGAGCAGGUGGGACCUCGGAAGGACUGAUCAGAUUCCCUCCUGAGUUAUGGAAAAUCAAAACACUAUCUUCUCCAGCCAGGAAAUUCCAGAAUACCUUGGCAAUCUCAUUGAUAGGGACAACCCUCCUCCCGCCCCCAUCUUCUUUUGCAACUGAUGCUAAGGUAGAAUCAUGGGAAAUCAUCUGUCUGCCCACCAAAGAGAGUGUCAGGAUACAUUUUCUUAACCAUCGUCUAAAUAGGUACAACCAAAUAUUUCUGGACAUAGUAAUUUGAUCUAAUGUUUUUAGCAACUAGUCUUUGGAAUUUCUGCUACUUAGAUAGCUCUUAGUGAUGGCAGCUGACCUUGUCUGUUUUCAUCAGAUAGGAGUCUGCUUUGCUUCUGAGGCCCAGAGAUCUUAGCACAUUCCAGUAUCACUAUAGCUAGAGAUAAGUCAGUAAGUACUUCCACCAACUUAUAACCAUAUUUGCUUUGUUGAACUCAAAAAAGAAACCAGUGUUCCUGUCAGGAUGCUCAGCAACAGUAUUUCAGCCUCUUUCAAGAUGAAGAAGCGAAGGUUCCUGUGUGUGGGUGGUGUGUGUGUGUGGGUGUGUGUGAAGGUCAGAGGUCAACCUUAGGGAGCUUCGCAAUUGCUCUCCAUUUUAUUUUUUGAGACUGUUGUCUCUCACGGAAGCUGGAACUUAUCAGUUCAUCUAAAUGGCUGGCCAAUGAGUUCAAGGGAUCCUUCUGCCUAGAGUUACAGAUUCGAAUUGCUGUGCUUGGGAUCUGAGCUCAUGUUCUUAUGCCUGCAAAAGAAAAGGCAAGCACUUUUCUGACUGAGCCGUUUCCCUAGCCCAGGUUGAACCUUUAACUCAAAAGGAAAUAAGGUUGCUAUGGGCCAUUUGAAGAAGCGCCAUGCUGCAGAGGUGGUCUGAGCAUGGACUUCGUUAUAACUUAAUGUAUCUAUUCUGGGUGGGGCCCGUCCCAGCGUUUACAUAUGUCACUCAUCAUGUGCCAGUUUCUAUUGGUUCUAGACAAGGCUCCAUUUCCCUGACUAUAAAUGGUACUUUCUUCAAAGUAGUGAGUGGAGACUUCAGCCUUCAGUGACACCCAUUGUCCAAGAUGCCGAAGAUGCAUUGCUUCUGUUCUUCCGGCCCUGCUAUUCCGUAUGCACGCUUCAGCUGACUCCUGGAGAGAGUGCGACUCCAACCCUGCAUCAUGCUUUCAGCUGCUGGCUCCCAGGCAACCAGUGCUGCCUUCCCCUCGCUGCUCUCUUUUUCUCUCACCGAGUCUGGGGUUUGGGGCGUGGAUGGCUUUGGGGCCAUUAUUCUCCCUGGCACAGUUAGUGGUGGUCGGCAACAGCCCUGUGGACCAGAAAGGAGUGGAGGAAACAGAAUGGGGGAGCGUCUUGGAGAACCAUGACAGUGUGUCUCACUGUGUCCCUGGACCCUGCCCCACAA